GUGAAUGUAGCAGUGGGAUAUGUGAUGAAGCUUCUUGCAUUAAUGGUGGUACCUGCACAACCAUCAAAGCAGAUCAAUACAUCUGCCUUUGCCCACUUGGAUUUAAAGGGCGCCAUUGUGAAGAAGUUUUCACCCUCAUCAUACCUCAGUUCAAUGAGACACUGAAAUCUUUUGCUGUCACCCCCUGGCCAUUAGAGCCAGUCAGCUAUCUUUCUUUCAUGGAAUUCGAGUUCACAUUUCGACCAGAUGCAGCAAAUGGUGUCCUGAUGUAUAGUUACGAUACAGGCAGCAAAGACUUUCUCUCCAUUUGCAUUGUGGACAGCUAUGUGGAAUUCAGGUUUGAUUGCGGCUCAGGAACUGCUAUUAUCAGGAGCGAAGACCCCAUCCGUUUAAACCAGUGGCAUGAGCUCAAAGUGUCACGCACAGCCAAAAAUGGCAUUUUGCAGGUUAAUCAACAAACUCCAGUAGAAGGAAUGGCAGAGGGAGCAUUCACACAGAUUAAAUGUAACCCUGAGAUCUUCAUAGGUGGUGUACCAAAUUACGAUGAUGUGAAAAAGAACUCCGGUGUUCUGAAACCAUUCUCUGGAAGUAUUCAGAAGAUAGUCUUGAAUGACCGGACGAUAGACACGAAGCAGGAUUUCACAGCUGGCGUCAACUUAGGGAACACGGUCCAUCCCUGUGUGAGUGCGCCCUGUGACAACGGCGGCUCCUGCGUUCCCAAGAAAGAUGGGUAUGAAUGUGAUUGCCCUUUGGGUUUUGAAGGGCAAAACUGCCAGAAAG